GAACUCCUGGCGAGCUACAGAAUACUGCGCCCGUAGUGGAGGUGCAUACCACUCAGGACAUACCCUUAAAAUAAGCAAGCGUGAGACUGGCCAAGCUGCUCCACGUAGUACUGAAUACCUCUGAAUAUCUAGUGCCUUACCCAGCGUCCCCAUCAUGGAAAAAGAAAGUGAAAACGCCUCCUGUGCCGGCUUAUUGGGUCAGAAGAAUGAGCCUGGCAGCCCCACUCAGAGCCGAUCAGGAAAGCACAAGCUCUCUGUCUGCAGUAAGAUAUGUUUUGCCAUUGGUGGAGCUCCUUAUCAGAUAACUGGUUGUGCACUGGGAUUCUUCCUACAAAUUUUUCUAUUGGAUAUAGCACAGGUACCUCCUUUCUAUGCUUCCAUCAUCCUUUUCUCGGGCAGGGUUUGGGAUGCUAUCACUGAUCCACUGGUUGGAUUUUUUGUCAGUAAAAGUUCCUGGACAAGGCUGGGCCGACUGCUGCCAUGGGUGGUCUUUUCUACUCCUUUUGCUGUGGUUUCGUAUCUUCUCAUUUGGUUUGUACCUGGCUUCUCAGGGGUUUCAAUGGUUAUUUGGUACCUGGUUUUCUACUGCCUUUUCCAGACACUGGUUACGUGUUUCCAUGUACCAUACUCUGCUCUUACAAUGUUCAUAAGCAAAGAACAGAGCGACCGGGAUUCUGCCACAGGAUAUCGUAUGACAGUGGAGGUCUUAGGUACUGUUCUGGGAACUGCCAUACAGGGACAGAUAGUAGGCAGAGAGAAUACACCCUGUGUAGAGCACAUUCGGGAAACUCACCUUUAUAAUACUUCUGUGAUUAUGGAAGAUCUCAACAUUACUCACGAUGUGGAAUCCCUUUCCAGCACAAGGGAUGCCUACAUGAUUGCUGCAGGAGUCAUCUGUGCAAUUUAUGUGCUAUGCGCUAUUAUUUUGACUUUAGGAGUACGUGAAAAAAGAGAUGCUUAUGAACUGCUGUCAGACCAGCCCUUCUCCUUCUGGCAGGGUCUAAAGCUUGUAAUGUCUCAUAAACCCUAUAUUAAGUUAAUUACUGGCUUCCUCUUCACAUCUUUGGCUUUUAUGCUAUUAGAAGGUAACUUUGCUCUGUUCCUAACCUAUACCAUGGGAUUUCGAAGAGACUUUCAGAAUAUCCUUUUAGUUGUAAUGCUCUCUGCAACUCUGACGGUUCCUUUCUGGCAAUGGUUCCUCACCCGUUUUGGAAAAAAAACUGCAGUCUAUUUUGGGAUCUCAUCUGUUAUCCCCUUCCUGAUCUUGGUGGUGCUGAUGGAGAGUAACCUAAUUCUUGCCUAUGUUGUAGCUGUGGCUGCUGGACUCAGUGUUGCUGCAGCAUUCUUACUGCCUUGGUCCAUGCUUCCUGAUGUAAUUGAUGAUUUUAUACUCAAAAACCCAGAUUCUCAUGGACAUGAACCCAUUUUCUUCUCAUUUUAUGUCUUCUUCACCAAGUUUGCCUCAGGGGUAUCUUUGGGCAUCUCCACAUUAAGUUUAGAUUUUGCAGGCUAUCAGACACGUGCUUGUUCCCAGCCAGAACAAGUGAAUUUGACCCUGAAAAUGCUUAUCUGUGUAGCCCCAGUGAUACUCAUACUUCUUGGACUUUUACUCUUCAUACUAUAUCCCAUCAAUGAAGAGAAGCGAAAACAGAACAAAAAAGCCCUACAGCUCAUUCGGGAAAGCAAUCGGGACUCUGAUUCAGACUCCUUAGAACUGGCAAGCAAUGUAUGACCCAGGUCUAGUGCUGUGUUAGUAGUCACAAACAGAAAAUGCCAAGAAGGACGCAUUACGCCAUAGGGGAGUGGAUACCAGUCAUAACCUCCCUGUGCUGCUUCCUCGGGACUCUUCUUGUUCCUCUUGGGAUGUGUAGCAUCCCUGGUGCUAUAAAUGCUAGGCACACACUGAAUGCUGCGAUCCUACAUAAUGUUGCACUAACAUAGGGAUAAUGUAUUAAAUUAAUUGUGAAUUUUCCAAGUGGUGUUUGUAUAUAAAGACUUAAAUCCCUUGAUCUUGUGGGAAUCAAAGAAUAACAAGGUGCCUUUAUUCAUAAAUAUUGUUCACUGUACACAUGAAACAGACUUUUGUAUAUAUUUGCAAGGUACGCUUGUGAGACCUUCCUACUUGUCAACAAACACUGGUAUUUGAUCACAUGUCUGUAUAUAUUAAGUGUAUGCAUUUGUAUUUAUAUGUAUGUAUUAAAACCAAGUCGGUCCUUAA